UUUUAGUUUGUCUCAAUAAUGGAAAAUAUGGAUAUCAGUUUAUCACCAAGUAAAAAACGACUCUUAAAAGAUCGUUUAGAUGACGACCUUCCUUCUUCAGAAUUUCAAAUUUCUGCUGCUUCUGCUCAGGUAAUUUGAAAUUUUCUUUAUUUUUAAUUUCUUUAAAGGGUGGACGUAAAUACAUGGAAGAUCGAAUUAGUGUGGAGGUUGGGAGAGAUGUUAAUGGGCGAUUGGAUUAUAUUUUUGCUGCAAUAUAUGAUGGGCAUGGAGGGCCACAAGCGAGUGAAUAUGUUUGUCAGAAUUUACUUGAUAACGUUGUUGGCAAUGAAGCAUUCUUUUCCGACGAUGAUCAACAGGUUCUUGCUGCUAUAAGAGAAGGGUUUUUGCAAACACAUCACGACAUGCAAAAGGUUGCCAAAAUGUGGCCGCCAACAGUUUCUGGGUUUCCGUGCACUGCUGGUACAACUGCAACAGUUGCUUUUAUUCGAAAUGGAAAACUUUAUACUGGACAUGUCGGUGAUUCUGCUAUAAUUCUGGCUAAUUUUGAUGAAGCUGCUGCUGGAUUUAAUGAUGCAAAACUUACUGAAGAUCACAAACCUGAAAAACCUUCUGAACGUGAAAGAAUUGAAAAAGCAGGUGGAGCUGUAGCCUCAAAAGCGGGAAUUGUUCGGGUAGUUUGGAAACGACCUAUUCGUGGUCAUCGUGGCCCUGUUAGACGUUCAACUUCUACAGAAUGCAUUCCUUUUUUGGCAGUAGCACGUUCACUUGGAGAUUUUUGGUCUUUAAAUCCGGAUAAUAAUCAAUUUGUGGUCAGUCCAGAACCUGAUGUUGAUGUUUUUCGUCUCAAGAGCAGUGACAAUUUUCUUGUGCUUUGUUCAGAUGGUCUUACAAAUGUUGUCACUUUUCGAUCAAUUGUCCAGAUUUUGCAUGAUAUCGACAAGCGAAACCAAUCUCGUUCAAUCAAUUAUUCACAUUAUCUUCUUCAAAAUGCUUUAAGUAAAUGGGGAGGCCUUCGAGCUGAUAACAUUUCUAUUGUUUGCAUCAAAUUAAAUGCCGAUAAAAUCCCAUCAGAUCAUCCAGACGUUGUAGAGAGUAGUGUAGAUAUUGAUGUUUGCAAACAACUGACAGAAUAUCCUUUUGCAAUGUUUCAAGUUGGUACAGACAAUACUUGCAGAUUGAAAGGCGAAAAAAUUCCUCACUUUUUUGAUGGAGUUUUUGACAAAGGAAUGAAUUCUGCUCGAAAGAAUAUGCCAGUAAAUUUCACUGGCCCUGGCUUUGUUGUACCUGAAAUGGUUAAUCAUUUGAAUGCAGUCGAAACAGUUAGCAGCUCCUCAGUCUGUGGAAGCGAACCUGGACAGAAUGGCCAUGAUUAUGGUGAAAGCAGCGAUGUUGAAGAGGUUAAACAUCAAAAUUCUGAAGCAAAAAAUUUGGAAAAAGAAGUGAAUGAAGAAGAGUUGCCAAAAGAUGUGGAAGAUGAUCAGAAAGGUGAACAGAAAAUUCAAAAAUCAAUUACACCGCCUGAAACUCCUGACAAGCCAGAAGGAUUAUUAAAGGAAUAUAAGAGGAAUUAUUAUUUGGAGACAUCAAUUCGACAACAAAUUGUUGAAUCUACAAAUGUUAGAAAGUCAAUUCUUUCCACAAUGUCAACUUCUCGUGCGGGGGUUAAACGGCGUAGGACAGAGAAUGAAGAAUUUGGUGGAGGAUUUAAUCGUACUACAUCGGGUCUUUAUCCUUAUCCUUCAUCGUCUACUAAGAGGGUUUACUUCGAAGACCGUCCUGAAGAUGUUGCUGAUGAGGCUUCAAAUCCACCACCAGCCAAGCGAUCGCGACUUCAAAGUGUACUCAAUUUCUUCACAAAAUUUCUCAAAUGGUAGAAAAAGGGUAGAACGAGGUUAUAUGUUUCGAAUAACAAUUUUUGAUUUAAAAAAAUACACUCCGGAAAAAAUGCUUCGGGUUAAGCAUAUUAAAAUGCCUGCCACACAUCGAAAUUUUAUUUUUGUUUCGAUACCUUAUAUAUCAGUUUUUUGCAAUCUAUAUAAUUCUUUGCCUUUC